AGUACGUUGUUUACUUUCUCGCCAUAGACAACGAACCUUUUGUCGUCCAAUUGGCGGCUCGGUGGCCACUUUGUGUGCGGGUGCGCGAUUUUUCAAAUUCGGUAGUUUGGACAAGGGCCUAUCGUGAUCUAAUAAAAUUGUGUUUUUUAUCGCGUGCGGGGCGGAAAUCGCUGGGACGGCCUGUUUUUUUUCGUGAGGGCAUGGUAAUUGGUUAUGAGUGACUGGGCCUAAUAAUUGGCCGAAGCAAAAAGUAUGGUCGGAUAGUGAAAAUUUUCCGGGUGUGCUUUCCCUGGGCAGUGUAUGGAGGUGGAGGGAGAAAUUCGAUAACUUUUCUAUCGAUUGCGAAAGUGUUGUGCUGUUGAAACAAUGUUACCCGUACGAGUGAAGAAUCAAAAUGAGUCCUUGCUGUUGCCGAUCAAAAUGUUGAAGAUUUUGGACUACCUGGAAUGGUCGUAGGACAAAAAUGCAAAACUAUAUUCAGUCUGUGAAAACCUUGUUUCAGAAUUGCUUUAACCAGCAGCCAACACCGGUUGGGUCUUUCGUGCGUGACGGUUCUAUUCUGUCCUCGCUGCGAAUUAAUGAGAUACAAAGCAUUUAUGACUGCAGCAGACUGGUGAAAGAAUUCGAAUCAAACUACGAUGCCAUUAGCGUUCGUAAUGACCGUGUAAGGUUUCCUAGGGUGAAAACAUUAGAUAUCAUUCCAAAGCCUACGGACGUGUUGAAUGGUGAUUGGAUUUUGCGAUAUUCUGAUUCAGAAACUCAUAAUUAUCCAUGGAGUGGAGAUUCUAGUCCGAACUUUGAACUUGUUCCGUGGCGUAGAUCAAACCCAAAUCAGAACCUUUUAGCACAAGCAACAUUCCAAUCAACUAAACGAUGGAGCAAUCGCAGAGAUAAGAAAAUUCUUGACCGACUCCAUAAGAUUGAAACCAAGCAGGUCAAAAAGCAUCUCAAAGAAAAUCAUAAAUGCUCCAAACGAGUCAAACGCAUUAGAAUCAUGCUUUCCAUCGAAAUGCGCCAAAAGAACUAUGAAGUACUCCCACCAAAGAUUCAUCCCAGAAGGUUCGAAAUCAAACCAACAGCCAAAACGAAUACAGGAUCCAACAGUAUAGUCAAACGUCACAUAACACGCCUAGCGGUAAUUGCCGUUGAAGAACGUCAUGAAUCCCGUCAUCUCGGCUACUUCAGCCAGCGACGAAAUGAAAAUUUUAAGGAAAAAAUUGCCAAAGAGGAAGCCAAAGCGAAAAAACCGGUGGCGACUGCAACGUCGGUGGAGACGCCCAACUCGGGACCUCCGACCAGUGCCGGCGAAGAUGCUGCCGGCAUCAAGGAAAUCGAGAAACAUGUUUUCUGCAAGAAUAUGAACGCCGUGAAAACGCUUAACCCCGUCAAAAUCAUAACGCCAUUCGCACCAAAGCAGCUCGAAAGUGAUAGAAUGAUAGUACAAAUGUGUAGGAAAUGUAGAAGUAAGAGGGUGACAGUGGGGUGCUCCGGGUAUAACGAGUCCAGAUACUUGUCACAUCUGGACUCGUCCCAUGCACAGAUGAUGCCGCCGAUGGAACGGCCGGCGGGUGGAGCCCUGGCGCUUCACUACGCAGCCGCCCGCGGUUGUCUCGACUGUGUACGACUUCUGGUGGAAGCAGCGCCCGAUAUCAGCGCUAACACCCAGAUGGACAACGACGUAACCCCGGUCUACUUAGCGGCUCAGGAAGGACAUCUUGAGGUGCUGAAAUUUCUAGUCCUGGAAGCCGGUGGUUCGCUAUAUGUGCGCGCCCGCGAUGGUAUGGCUCCGAUCCACGCGGCUUCCCAGAUGGGGUGCCUGGACUGUUUGAAAUGGAUGGUCGAAGAUCAAGGUGUCGAUCCUAAUUUACGUGACGGCGAUGGUGCCACUCCGCUUCACUUUGCCGCUUCCCGUGGACACCUGACUGCAGUGCGAUGGCUGUUGAGCCACGGUGCCAAACUGUCCCUAGACAAAUACGGUAAAAGUCCAAUCAACGAUGCGGCCGAGAAUCAACAGGUCGAGUGUCUGAACGCACUGGUACAGCACGGAAACCGAGAACCCGAUUACGUGGAUUCGAAACAAAUCAAACAAUCGCAGCCCCGACACUCGGACAUUUAUGGCUCACAGCAACAGUUAGCAGUUUCAACACCGCAACAGCAGAAGCGGAUAUCGAAGAAGCACUCGAGCAGCCAUCACUACUACAACAAGAACAAAUCAUCGUCUCACCAUAAUACUAUGAUGUCAAAGUCGUCCUCUGGCAGUUCAGAUUCCGAGCCCUUCUAUCUACACCCACCGACGAUCAGGCAAACGAAGGACGGUUUGUACACUCGCCAGUCGCCAGACAGUUAUUACGGAACAGUGCCACCGAACGACGGCGUCUACAUCAAUCCAAUGCGCAACGGCUCGACGACGCCUCCGAGCCCCAAUGGCAGCGUGUCGGGGGAAUCCUUCUUCCUGCAUGACCCGCAGGAGGUUAUCUACAACCGGGUUAAGGAUCUGUUCGAUUCGGACCUUAGCAGCACCAAGGACGAACGCACCACCAACUCCAGAGCAAUGACAGUUCAAGUUGAAGUCCACUCCAGCAGCAGUGGGGCCGCCAGUGGCUCAGACGAAGAUCUCUCGGUGUCCUCGUCCAAUUCCGGCGUCGAACGAAAACCUCCCGAACUCAAACGAACGAAUUCCAAAACCACGCACGACCACGACUACGAAGACAUCUAUUUGGUUCGAGAGGAGGCUCGCUAUGGCACGAAGACGCGAACGGGAACCGGCCGAAGUAGAUCCCGGGACAGUGGUUCCCACAGUCGAUCGGCCAGCGCCAGCUCCAAUCGAAGCAACGACAUCAUCAUGCAGCUUACCAAUCAGACCGUGAGCAACAAAGAACAAAUGCUGAUCAACAAACGAAACAACUUGUACGAACAACAAAGCAAACAUCGAUACGACAUUCCGAAGAACUACAAAACGACGAACCUUAGCAAAGCCAACAAAACAGCCAGCCAUCAUCAGUCGAACCGCGAGUUGAGCUUAGCUUCUUCGCGCAAUGAUAACGCUUACGAAAGCGUUUGCUCGCCGGAAGACACACAAGAGCGAACGAAGCUUGCCCAGCGCCACUCUCUGCCGCAUGGUGGCGCUGUAGUGAGCAGUAGCAGUAGCAAUGUUAACGCCAGCGGUGGUAAGCAGGUGAAACGCAGUGGAUCGAUGAAAGGAAACGAAAGCAAAGCUGUGGGACCCCCACCGCCACCACUACCACCACCGUUGAAGGCCCCAUCGUCGUCGUCGUCAUCGUCCCAACCGAAUCACUACGGGCCCGGCAGUCAGACCAAGUCCGGCUCGAUGACGAACGGUAAUAAUUUCUAUCUGCACAAGCACAUCAACAACAGUGGCGUUGGUUCGCAACAAAACGCCAUGAUUUUCAACACCACGGGGGCCACUUCGGGUUCCUCGUCGGGUCAACAACAGAACGCUCAGCAUGACUACUACAACCAACUUCCGCAACAACAGCAGCUGAUGCAGCUGCAGCAGAACGGAGAAGGUCCCGAUUCUGACUCCGGCCUUGAAGUGGUCGAGGAGUCCACCCUGAAGCCAUCGGAUUUAAUUCGUGGAAACCACAAUCGAAGCAUGUCCAUUAUAUCAGCGAACAAGAAAGCCAAACUCAUCACUGGCAGCAGCAACGGAAACGGCAUCGUGAGCCCCACGGCCAGCAAUGGCAGCUCGACGAAGGCGGGAGCUGUAGUCGACGAUCAGUACUACGGCCAGCAACAGCUCUAUCAGUCGCGCUCGAACUCCGCUCUGUCGUCGUCCAGUCACGGUCCGAAUCUGGUUAACAAACAGCUCGUACUGCCAUUUGUCCCGCCGGCCUUCCCGAACGGAUCAGCCGACGGUUCCAACCAUCUCAUUAAACCGUCCGAAUAUCUCAAGAGCAUCAGCGACAAACGGUCCAACGCUGGCUCGCAGAGAUCUUCCGACACCGAAGACUAUAUGCCAUUGAACGCAUCCAUCACGGUACAGACGGGACCGGAACCGCCAAAGCCACCUCCGCCCCCUCCCGCCCCUCCGAUGUUGUUCCCAUUGAACGGCGGCACCAUCAACAGUAGCGCCAACAAAACGAAUGCCAGCGCCAAUAAAGACGGCAGUCAGACCGGAACGAACAAAAGCACCAACGGCAACAUUCCACCACCCCCUCCACCACAAGAUUCGACGAUACGAAAGCAACAGCAGCCACUGUCGGCCAUCUCGAUCCAAGAUUUGAAUAGUGUGCAGCUCCGACGCACAGAUAAAAUGCUUUCGAAGACCUUCUCGGCCCCCACACGCAGCAUGAGUAUGCAGUGUCUGUCUUCAACCAACGAACAGUUCCUUUCACAGAAGACAGACCUAAUAGCCGAACUUAAGAUGUCUAAGGACAUCGCCGGAGUGAAAAAGAUGAAAGUCGAACGAGCCAAAAUGGAAGACAAACAAGCCACCGAGGUGUACUCUGAAGUUACUCGACAAUUUACAGCGGCAAACUACGUGGAUCAGUUAUUACAGGUACCGGAUCGAGACCACCAGGGUAAUCUCAUUCCUGACUGGAAGCGCCAAAUGCUUGCCAAGAAGGCGGCGGAAAAGGCGAAGAAAGAAUUCGAAGAUCGGUUGGCACGGGAGGCCGAAGAUCGUCGCCUAUCGGCGAUACCUAAAUGGAAGCGUGACCUUAUGGCCCGGAAGGAGGAGGCCGAAAAUAAACUUAAAUCCUCAAUCUACACUCCUCGCGUGGAAGAAACUCACCGGCGCACGGAUACAUGGCGCUCGCGUAUGUCUCAUCGAGCCAUGUCGAUCGAUAACAUUAGCUUCACUUCACAGCAUGAAGAUUCGGUUGGUUCACGUUUCAAUAAGGAGAACACCCUCAACAAUCAACACAAUGGAAACGGCAAUCAUCAUAAUGGCAAUAGCAAUGGUCAUCAUACCAAUGGCAACAACAACCACAGCAACAAUAGUAGCAACACCAACAUCAACGGUAAUGGAAGCAACCACCACAGCACCCGCAGCUCAAUGGAGAACAUCAACAAUAAAAACGAUUACCAUCAUCAUAGUUCGAACCAAAAUGGCAACGAUGAUGACGAUGAAAGCGAACAGAUCAUACCUUGGCGGGCGCAUUUGCGGAAAACUAACAGUCGUCUAAGCUUGAUCGGCUAGAGCUAGAGCUUCUCAAAUCCUUCGCUGAUAAAUAGAAAUAGCUUAUUGUAUAAAGGUUUAUCAAGAAUACUGUCAAUGCAUAUUAUAUUUUAGCUUAGUUCAGUAUAGCAGAAAGCUGCAAAAAUCACCUAAUUUUAUCUUUCGAUUACAUUAUUUAAUAACGAAAAACAACUGCUUAUAAACAAAAAGGAAAGACCAACCUGAAUAGACGGGCUUAAUUUGUAAACAUAAAUCAAAGAUUUCGUUGCAAUAUUAUUCUAAGGUUACUAUUAAUCCAAGUAGCGACGAAUGAAAUGGACAAGGAGAUAUUGAUUCAUGGAAAGAUGAGGAUAUAAACUAUGUUAAAUAUGUAACCUGAACAUGACAAGAAACUGCAUUGUGAUUAUUGUUAUCAAUCUCUAAAACAAAUAAAUUUAGAUCUACUUACUUAUAAAUCAAACAAAAAAAAACUACUGCCAAUGCAUACUGUCCCGUUAUGAGGUUUCUUAAGUUUCAAUAUUGCUUGAAUGAGCUCCCUAGAAGCAUCAAGUAUCCAAAAGAGCAUAAUCUACCAGUUAGCUAAGCGAGCAGUUCACGCAUAUUUCGAAGCAAGCAUGUACACCAUUCAUUAUCCAUCGAAUCGAAUUAUCAGUUAGCAAACAAAUUGUAUAACACUUACAUAAAUACACAACCUACGCAAUAUUCAACGUAACGACAUUGUAACGGGAUUGACACGAUAUUCCAUUUUAGAGCCGCAUAGGUAUAAAUUUCAUUUUCGUUGAAUAGUUAUAAUAAACGUUUAUCAAACAA